AUGUCGUACAGAGAUCUAAAGGGCAAAACAUUCAUUGUGACGGGCGCUGCCUCUGGCAUGGGCCGCACGACGUCCCUGUUCUUGAUUAACCAGGGCGCCAACGUGGGUCUUCUCGAUCUGCGGAAACCCGACAACGUCCUCGCCGAGAUCGAGGCGUUGGGCGGUAAGGCACUCUCGAUUGCCUGUAAUGUGCAAGAUAGCAAGGCCAUGGACGAGGCAGUCAAGGCCGUAGCGGAGCACUUCGGGCGGCUAGACGGCGCGGCCAAUAUGGCUGGCUACGUGGGAAACCAAGGCCUGCAUGGCAAGGGCUACGCGAUGGAUACCAUUGAGGACGAGGACUGGAACAUGAUGAUAGCGACCAAUCUUAACGGCGUCAAGAACAGCAUCCGCGCGGAGCUGCGCUACAUGAAGGGUACCGGCUCGAUUGUCAAUGCCGCCAGCAUCGCCGGCUUAUACGGCUUUGCGUACAAUGCGCCAUACUCAACUGCGAAAUGGGGUGUCAUUGGCAUGACCAAGUGUACAGCGCAGGAAGUGGGAACGCGAGGGAUCAGAGUAAACGCAGUGGCGCCGGGUGUCGUUGAUACGCCGUUGGUGCAUUCUCUAGGAACUUCAAAGGAGGUCUAUGAUGCAAUGAUUCAGAAGACUGCACUAAAGCGGAUUGCACAACCUGAGGAAGUCACCAAGGUCAUUGGGUUUCUGUUGAGUGAAGAAGCGGGAUAUAUCACGGCUUCUGUUAUCAACGUCGAUGCAGGAUAUACCUAGAUAUUGAUGUGUGAGGUGUUUUGAGACUAUCACGAGCUCUAACUAGUGAG